GGAACCACGUCACUAGGGAGGGACCGCAGAGACCGCUGCCGUCGGACCGGGCCUCUGUGCUGCGAGCGUUGCUACAGCACGGCGCCGACCCCGCCGCCGUUUGCACGCAGGGAGCCACGCCGCUAGGUAUAGCAGCGCAAGAAGGGCACGAGGAGUGUGUGUUAUGGUUGCUACAACACGGCGCUGACCCUAUGCAAGCUGACCAUUGCGGCCGCACGCCAGCCAAAGUAGCGUGGCGCGCCGGGCACGCCAACAUCUGCCUGAUGCUGGAGCGCUGGGGCGCCGCCCCCGUGACCGCGCCGCCCAAGCAAGACGCGCCCACAGCCCGCCCGCCCAGCGCAGGUUCUCCGGACUACAAGCGGCGCAGCGUGCACAGUUCCAACUCGACCAAGUCGUCGUCCAACCUCACUGGAGGCUCCGGCCGCUCGCACGAGCCGAAUGAUGCGCCGGAAACGCAGGAUAAGGCGAACCGAGCGAAUCUCUCUCUCACCUUCGCACAGCAAGUCGCAAGAUGCGGUCGCGGCCGCCGCGAGCGAGACAGAGAGAGCGUUAUACCCGAACACUAUGCUGUUGAAAAGGACUCUAAGCUGAGAAGCUACGUGUCGGGCGAGCGAGACUGCAGCAGUCCGCUGUACGCGUCGCCUCCUCGAAGCCCUAGCGCUCUCUGCAGCCCUACGCAGCACAGCAUGCCCUUCGGGUCUCAGCCGGCCAGCCUGACGUCACUACAGCCAGUGUUGACUGACACCCACUUUAAUCGUGACACGCACAUGCGCAUCAUACUCGGGCGCGACAGCAAGCCGCAGCAUGACAGGAAUGACAGGACAAUGGGUCGGCUCGCAUACUCCAGUAUAGUGGGCAGUCUGGGCAGAGCGAGACGGAAGAUAUUCAAGCGCACCAAAAGCAAGCGGAACGGCAUCGUAACAAAUCCAGCCAUGAGACUUGUUGCCAACGUGCGAAAUGGAUUAGACAGCGCAGCCGCGAACAUUCGCCGAACGGGCGUCGCUUUAGCCGCGAGCGCGAGCUCUGCGAACCCGGCCGUGAAGACCAACGCUUUCCAGUGGCGGAAAGAGACGCCACUAUGAGCUGACCGCGGGUGCGAGCGAGACAGCUGUAACUAAAGUUAUUGGGGUGACGAAAGCAGCUGAUACUGUAGCUUACGUGUGAAAGAGAUGGCUAUAAGAUCAAAUCGAUUCUGAUUAAUUUAAUAGAAUAUUAAACUAAGAAUCAGUUCAAAUGUGAAAUUUAAAUGUUAACUUACUAUUUAUUUAUUUAAUUUCAUUGGUGACUUCAAAUAUAAAAUCAUAAUACAUUUAUGUUCAAUAACAAUAACUAUAAACUAAAAAAAACAUAAAAUCCCUUCAUAGUAGUCUAAAGAAAUAUAACGUUAUGACGUCAUUGUACAACAUUUAUUGCUAGCGUAAAAAUAGAAAAAACAUAUUUAAAUACGGAAAUGUUUAGGUGCGAAGGGGAUAGCAAUACGAUUGAGUGUUCUAGUAGGUAAGUGUAAGAUUUAACAUUAUACUGUGUAAUGUAGACGGUAAAUGUGUGCGAAAGAGACAAGAAUCUUAGAAGAUACUAUCAAAACGUCGCUCAAUACAGGUUUCCUCAACUGUGCUUACAAGUUUGCUCCAGUGGUGAGUAAGGUCUUACGGGACUAUUCCCACCUCUCGUUCCCACCGCUGCAACUCCUGUGUAUCCAGGAUCUACAGCUUGACCGCCAAUAACCCAACCAGUGAAGGUCAAGUUUGUCCCGGGGGAAAGUUAAACUGUCAUUGGACCCGCAACGAAAUUAAUCAGAAGAACAUAGGAGGCGUUCGAAAUUAAGGUCUUGUCAUUUGCUUGUGAUUAAGACAGUGGCGCCAACUGUGGCCUAAUUCACGUAUUUUGACAGUCAAGAUCUCGCUGACGUUCAAAAGUCGCCCCAUUGAAAAACAGUUCUAAAUCCGUAUUCACAAGGGUCAUUUUGAUAGAACGAUUACUCGAUAAGAUCGUAACGUAGCAAUUUGUUGUCAUUGACGUUUUGUUACGUCGUCCCAUUGAAAAGCAGUUCUGAAUCCGUAUUCACAAGGGUCAUUUGAUAGAACGAUCACUCGAUAGAAUCGCAACUUAGUGUUUUGUUGUCCUUGAAGUUUUAUUACGUGAAUUAGGCUACAAUAACAGGACCUUACGCCCGUAUUCACAAACGAUGCUUGCUCAAGUGAAGCAGGAAAUCGAACUCACAGCGUUGUAUAGAGCUCUG